AAGACGAGGGUGAGCCAUUUUGGAAGGCAGGAGGAGGAGGAGGAGGAGAAGGGGGGGUGAGCUGUGCUGUGCUGUCGGCUACGGGUUUGCUUCCUGUGCAGAGUGUGCCAGGGAUCGGGAGAUCUCCGCGGGUCCCGCUGAGCCCACAGCGACAGAGAGAGAGAGACUCAGCUGCAGGGCAGGCACCUCCUGCAUUCCCCCCUUCCCUUGCAAACCCUUCCUCAUUUUGAAUUGAACGCCGUCUCUCUCUUGACUCCCCCCCCCCCUCCUUCUCUUGUGUUUGUGUGUGGGGUGGGUGGGUGUUGUUGUGUGGAACUUGGGUGGGGGGGGGGGGGGCUCGAAAAUGCUAAAUGAUCAUUUGGAUCAAUGACAGCCUCUGGGCUGCGCUGUCUGUCACAAUCCAUGAGCCCGCUCUGGGAAAAAGACCAGCAGUUCUCACGUGCCAAGAGAAAGAGGGGAGGACAGAGGAAAUAAAGCAAAAACAAACCACCACCACCACCACCAACCCCCCCAAAAAAAACCCCACAACAAAACAGAAAGGGGGCAACAGUUUGGAUGGGAGUUGGAGCAACUUUUGUUUUCUCUUUGUGCGAAUUUGCCCACACCUAGAGAGAGAGGAGAGAGAGAGACACACACACACAUCUUCGCCAGGUUGGGGACAGCCUGUCGUCAUGUUUGACUGUAUGGAUGUGCUCGCAGUCAGCCCUGGGCAAAUGCUGGAUUUCUACACUCCGAGCCCGUCCUCUUGCAUGCUGCAGGAGAAAGCUCUGACUGCAUGCUUCAAUGGACUGACACACAGGGACUGGCAACAGAGGCACAGCACUCAAUCAAUUGAAACACAGAGUACCAGCUCUGAAGAGAUUGUACCAAGUCCACCAUCUCCGAUUCCACCUCCACGGGUAUACAAACCUUGCUUUGUGUGUCAGGACAAGUCAUCAGGCUAUCACUAUGGAGUCAGUGCCUGUGAAGGCUGCAAGGGUUUCUUUCGGAGAAGCAUCCAGAAAAAUAUGGUGUAUACAUGUCACCGAGAAAAAAGCUGUGUCAUCAACAAGGUUACCAGGAAUCGUUGCCAAUACUGCCGUUUGCAGAAGUGCUUUGAAGUGGGCAUGUCUAAAGAGUCAAGCAGACAGCAGGGACCUGGCGAUGUGACGUCACAAUGCUGCAAAGGAGAUUCUGAAAGGAGUUUGGGCAGAGGCCUUCUGAUUCCAACCGUAAGAAAUGACAGAAACAAAAAGAAAAAGGAGACACCGAAGCAAGAAUGUUCGGAAAGCUACACAAUGACAGCAGAGUUGGAGGAUCUUAUUGAAAAGAUUCGCAAAGCUCACCAGGAGACCUUCCCUUCCCUUUGCCAGCUGGGGAAAUAUACUACAAAUUCCAGUGCUGACCACCGGGUACGACUUGACCUGGGUUUGUGGGACAAAUUCAGUGAACUUGCCACAAAGUGCAUUAUCAAAAUAGUGGAGUUUGCUAAGCGACUGCCCGGCUUCACAAGCUUGACCAUUGCAGAUCAGAUCACUCUGCUGAAAGCUGCCUGCCUGGACAUCUUGAUUCUCCGAAUCUGUACCCGGUAUACGCCUGAGCAAGACACAAUGACCUUCUCUGACGGCCUUACCUUGAACAGGAUUCAGAUGCACAAUGCGGGGUUCGGCCCCCUCACUGACCUCGUCUUUACCUUUGCCAACCAGCUCCUGCCACUUGAGAUGGACGACACCGAGACUGGCCUUCUCAGUGCCAUCUGUCUGAUCUGUGGGGACCGCCAAGAUCUAGAGGAUGCAGGAAAAGUGGACAAGUUACAGGAACCACUUCUGGAAGCUUUAAAGAUUUACAUCAGAAAAAGAAGACCCAAUAAACCCCAUAUGUUCCCAAAGAUAUUAAUGAAAAUCACAGACUUGCGCAGCAUCAGUGCAAAAGGUGCAGAACGUGUCAUCACGCUCAAGCUGGAGAUCCCUGGAUCGAUGCCACCCCUUAUUCAAGAAAUGCUGGAAAACUCAGAAGGCCACGAUCCCCUUGCACCUACAGCAGACACAAGCACAGAAACUAAUGGGAGCAGUGGUCUAGCACUAGAAGCAACUUCCAGCCCCAGUGUGUCUCCCAGCUGUGCAGCCCAUGGACCAAACAGCCAGGUACCCAACACACAGUAAAUGGCGAGUGACCACAACCAUUCCCAAAUGUGAUAGCUUCUUCUCUCCUUUGCUCUGAGACAUCAAGCUCUGAAGGACCAGGUUGAUAAGUGUAUUUCCAACACUGACACCACGGAGGCUCAGGACUCCAAUGGACUUCUGGACAUGAGAAUGCUGAAUCCGAAACUCUGUAGGCCAGAGGCAGGCCUCCCGGGUUACGUGCGGUAUGUUCAAAGCCUGCGGUCUGGUAAAGCUAAUCUGUGUCCACUAUUGCAUGCUGGGAAGAAGCUGUGGAAAAUUAUGUCGAACUCUGAUUAUUACUUUAUUUUGCAGAGUUACUCCUCAAUGUAUUCUAAAUUUCUAUGCUGGAGUUUCUGGUGCUUUCUCAUUGCCUUGCAUAUCAUGUCUAAACACAUACACCAAGUUAUGGAACAAAGCCUAAGUACAUAAAUCAGGUGAGUUAUGCUUACAGAAUUCUUUGGUUUAGACAACAUGGGACAUCCAUUAUUAUUCUCAAUGUUACUGUUGCAUUCUCUUGUAUUUCUUAGUGAAAAAAAUACCUGAAGAUUAGGAUUUUAUCCUCAGUGCACCAGCAUUCAAUUUUGUCAAAUAGACAAGGACAUAUUUCCAUCUCUUUUUGCAAUGAUAAACAAAGUCUAAGAUUUAACUUUUUUUAAAAAAAAUGCUAGCACUUUGGUGCUGGUAAUAAUCGUUUCCCACUGGCACAGUUAGCCUACCCAUUACCAUGUUGUUUGUAUGAAUGUUUACAGUUCACAAGCACUUAAGUAACAGAAUUUUUUUUUAAAAAGAAAAGCAAUUCUUUGCGUACAUUUAGUCCGAACAUAUUAUUUUUUUGUGGUAGGGUUCACUCAUUGCCUACUGGCUUUGUGCUAGCCUAAAGAGCUAGUUAAAAAAAGUUUUGUUUAGUUAUUUUAGCUGAGCAGAUUCGUUUCAUGUUCAGCAACAUAUCAAGAGAUAAAGUAAAGCACUGCAUGUUGUUUGCAGUAAAGAUAGCCUCCAAGGCACAACACUUUUCAGUGUUAUUUUGUUAUUUUAUUCGCUUGUACAUGAGCCAGUAAGUAAAUUUCAUCUGGUGGCUGACACACAUUAUAUCUCUCUGCAGAAGCGUGGUCUAUCGUAGAUUUGUUCUUGAGUACAGUAAUUUGAGUUUAUUGAAUCAUUCUUGUAGUGUCUGAAGCACUAGUGGGAUGUUGUUUUCUAGCGUUAGGGCUGCUCUGUACUUCAACUGGCUCAGUUUGUACAUUGAGAUUGUUUAACAAUGCUUUCUAUGUUCAUAUACUGUUACCUUUUCCAUCAAGUUUCCUGGCAAAAGAAUAAAGUAUAUUU